AAAGAAGAGCUGAAAAACCUUUAUACCGAACGUGACUGCUUGUGUCAGCAAAUUAAAUCUUUGAACUUGAAGAUUGACUCGAUUUCAGGUUCACUUGUAAAUACAAAAGAAGAAUUGGACUUCAUAACUAAGGAGCACAAGAUCCUAAAAGAAGCACACGAUACUAUAACUAAUGAAGUUAUGGAUCUACGCGAGCGAACGACACGUUUAACAGCGGAAAAUAAUAUAUUAAACGAAGAUUUGACUGCUUGCAAAGAGCAAUUGUUUAGAGCCAAUUUGGAACGCAAAGAACUACAUAACACUAUUAUGGAUUUACGAGGUAACAUACGAGUGUUUUGUCGUGUUCGUCCGCCAUUGGACUUUGAACAAGAAAAAAUGCUUUGUGGUUGGAAUUACAUCGAUGAAUCUACUGUUGAGAUACAAAAUUAUGAAAACAAGAAUAAAAGCGUGGCGCAUGCUUUCUCAUUCGAUCACGUCUUCCAUCCAAACUCGAAACAGGAGGAUAUCUUUGAGAUGGUAUCACCUCUAAUACAGUCUGCAUUGGAUGGUUACAAUAUUUGUAUAUUUGCCUAUGGACAAACUGGCAGUGGUAAGACAUACACAAUGGAUGGUGUACCAACCAAUGUGGGUGUAAUUCCACGUACCGUUGAUUUACUCUUUGAUUCUAUCAAAAAUUAUAAACGUCUUGGUUGGGUAUAUGAAAUACGGGUAACAUUUCUGGAAAUCUACAACGAAGUGCUAUACGACCUGUUAAGCAAUGAGCAAAAAGAUAUGGAAAUUCGCAUGGCCAAGCACAACAAGAACGACAUCUAUGUUUCAAAUAUAACUCAGGAGACUGUUACGUCGGCAUCUCGUCUGCGAGAUCUUAUGGAUGUGGCGAAAAUGAACCGAGCUACAGCGGCUACUGCCGGCAACGAGCGGUCAUCGCGUUCCCAUGCUGUCACUAAAAUAGAACUUAUUGGCUAUCAUGCUGAGAAGAACGAGACGUCUGUGGGAACGAUAAAUCUCGUUGAUUUAGCAGGCUCUGAGUCUCCUAAGACCAGCAUACGCAUGAACGAAACUAAAAACAUAAAUCGUUCGCUUUCCGAGCUUACGAAUGUCAUAUUAGCAUUACUACAAAAACAAGAUCAUAUACCUUAUCGCAAUUCCAAGUUAACUCAUUUAUUAAUGCCAUCAUUGGGAGGCAAUUCAAAAACGCUAAUGUUUAUUAACGUGGCACCUUUCUUAGACUGUUUUGUAGAGUCGGUAAAAUCAUUACGUUUUGCAGCUUCUGUAAAUUCGUGUAAAAUGGCUAAAGCGAAACGCAAUCGUUUUUUAAAUACAUCUAGCAAUAAUUCACUCUAGGGUUAGA